CCUUUGGUUUUAACUUGAGUAAAGGCUGAGCAGGUAGGAUGUUAUCGUCAUCAUCGCCUGUUAACAAAUCUUCGAUCAAUGCUUCGUUUGAACUUCCUUGGAUUGAAAAGUACCGCCCAGCUGAAAUCAAAGACAUCGUUGGAAAUGAAGAGUGCUUGUCACGUUUGGCUGUCAUUGCAGAAGAGGGAAAUAUGCCGAAUGUGAUUAUAUCUGGUCCGCCGGGCACGGGCAAGACGACGAGCAUUCAUUGUGUUGCUAAGCACCUUUUGGGCGAAGCGUACAGUCGUUCGGUGCUUGAACUUAAUGCAUCGGACGAAAGAGGAAUCAAUGUUGUGCGGGAAAAGAUAAAAUUAUUCACUAAACAAAAGGUGACUCUUCCCGUUGGAAAGCACAAGAUAGUGAUCCUCGAUGAGGCUGACAAUAUGACGGCGGCUGCCCAGCAAGCCCUCCGACGCACAAUGGAGGAGCACACCGAGACUACUCGGUUUGCCUUAGCUUGCAACCUGAGUUCAAAGAUCAUUGAGCCUAUUCAAAGUCGUUGCGCCAUUCUGCGCUUUCAUCGCCUCACCGACGAUCAGAUUUGCAAGCGUUUGCGGAAAAUCAUUGAAAUGGAAAACGUGAUAUGCGAUGAAGAGGGAAUAAACGCAAUUUUGUUUACGGCGGAGGGUGACAUGAGGCACGCCAUCAAUAACUUACAAGCAGCACACUCUGGGUUUGGGUUAGUCAGCAGUGACAACGUAUUCAAAGUGUGUGAUCAGCCGCAUCCAGAGGUUGCCAAAAGAAUCAUCAAGGCUUGCGAGGAGGGAGACUUGGCUGAGGCAGACAAGAUUAUGAGACUUUCUUUAUGGAAGUUAGGGUAUCACCCUUUGGAUAUUGUUACCACACUGUUUAAAGUGCUGAAGCUGAUGGAAAUUCCAGAAUAUCUGAAGUUAGAAUUUAUCAAGGAAAUUGGAUUUACUCACAAGAGGAUUCUGGACGGUUUGCCUACAUUACUCCAACUUUCUGGACUCUUGGCAAGAUUGACAGGUCUAACUCUGAAGGCCAAAGAGAAGAGCAAAGCCUGGGGUAGCUGUUAGGGAGAGAAGGGACCAAAAAUGGAUCUGGUGUGUUUCGAAAAAUGGUUUAGCUUACAAACGCUAAUAACGUUUUGGGACACGAGCGCAUGUAUAUUGAUUCAGGGUUUCAGACCGUUGGUCCGUUCCACUCCAUUUAGAGAGUUGCUGUUGGUGAGAGAGAAGUGUUUACUAGUGAGUGCAUGACAAUGCGUGCAUUUUAGUGCUUCCUUUUUCAAUGUUUCGACUUUGGGUGACAGCGGGCAAACCUGCGAUCACCUAGUCGAACCUGUAUCAAACAAACUUUCUUAAGAGAGAGAAAAAUUGGCGUGCAUCAAUUUAAAUCACAGAACAUAAUAUGUCUGAAUUUGUUUUUUUUGAAGGUAUUCAUAAGUUCGCAGUAUGUGCAUUAGAAAUUC